AUGCAUUUCACCAACGUGCUCGUCCUGCUUGCCGGCUCCGCCAUUGCCAUGCCCGCUUCUCUCAACAGCAAGCGUCAACUCGAUACCAUUCAGGGUGCCCUCAAGAACGUCCAGGACUCCCUCGGCCAGCUCGACACCACUGUCAAGGCUCUUAGCGCCUCCGACACCAACACCGCCGCCAACCUUCUCGAGGCCUCCAACAAGGUCCAGGCCCAGCUCAAGCAGGGUACCACUCAGAUUCAGGGCGCUCAGGAGCUCUCCAUCGGCGAUGCCCUCACCCUUCAGCAGUCUGCCGGCGGCCUGACCACUGCCGUUCAGACUGUUGUCGACGACCUCGUCGCCAAGAAGCCCGAGCUCGACAAGCUCCAGGUCACCUCCGUCGCCGUUGACCAGCUCAAGCAGCAGAAGGCCGUUGCCGGUGACUUCAGCACCGCUAUCGUCUCCAAGAUCCCCGCCAUCGGCCAGGGCAUCGCCCAGCAAUCGGUUGACCAGGUCACCACCUCUCUGGACGGUGGUAUCCAGAAGCUCUCCGAUGGUACCCCCGGCGCCGCCGCUCCUGCCGCGCCCGCUGCUCCCGCUGCUCCCGCUGCCCCCGCCGCGCCCGCUGGUGCCGCAGAGCAGUUCCACGCUGAGGUCAUUGCCUAA